GAAAACAUCCCGUGACAGCGCCACGCGGAGGGGGUGUGGUGUCACAUGGCUGCACACUAAAGCGGAGAGCUUUUAUAGACAGCUGCUGUAGCAGAGAAACUUCUGCAGCCUCACACACUCUCUGAGCAUCAACACACACACACAGGUCCAAUCACCUGAGGAGAGAAGAUGGACGCUGCUUACAAGAGAGUCAACGGAAACUAUGGUCCCGAGGGAGAGGCUGACAACCAAGGCACAGGGAGGAGACGCGGCUCCAUGUACCUGGAGGAGGAGACCAACAAGAAGUCGGAGGUCAUCUCCUGCAUCUUCUCCCUGAAAGAGGAGGUGGGAGCUCUGGCCAGGGCUCUGCGGCUCUUUGAGGAGAAGGGCAUCAACCUGACGCACAUCGAGUCGCGUCCGUCAGGGCUGGACAAAGACCAGUACGAGUUCUUCAUCAGCGUGGACUCCAGCUGCUCCCAGGCCCUGGAUGAGGUCAUCGACGGCCUGCGCACACAGAUCAGCGGCCACGUGCACGAGCUGUCACGCAACAAACAAAAGGACACAGUGCCAUGGUUCCCUAAUGACAUCCAGGACUUGGACCGUUUUGCCAACCAGAUUCUCAGUUACGGCUCGGAGCUGGAAGCUGAUCACCCGGGCUUCACAGACCCAGUGUACAGAUCCCGCAGGAAGGAGUUUGCCGACAUUGCCUACAAUUACAGACAUGGCCAAAUCAUCCCCAGAGUGGAGUACACAGAGGAGGAGAGGGCCACAUGGGGGACGGUGUUCAAGGAGCUGAAGACUCUGUACCCGACUCACGCCUGCCGCGAGCACAACCGGGUCUUCCCCCUGCUGGAGAAAUACUGCGGCUACACCCAAGACAAUAUCCCGCAGCUGGAGGACGUCUCCCGCUUCCUGCAGUCGUGCACGGGUUUCCGGCUUCGCCCGGUGGCCGGCCUCCUCUCGUCCCGGGACUUCCUGGCUGGACUGGCCUUCCGCGUCUUCCAUUCCACACAGUACAUCCGUCACAGCUCCAAGCCCACGUACACACCUGAGCCGGAUAUCUGCCAUGAGCUCCUGGGACACGUCCCUCUGUUCGCUGACCCGGGUUUCGCUCAGUUCUCACAGGAAAUUGGACUCGCCUCCCUCGGUGCCCCUGACGAGUACAUUGAGAAACUUGCUACUGUGUACUGGUUCACCGUCGAGUUCGGCCUCUGUAAGCAGGGAUCGGAGAUUAAAGCUUUCGGAGCUGGAUUGCUUUCAUCGUUCGGCGAGCUGCAGUACUGCCUGACAGACAAACCCGCACUGCAGCCCUUUGACCCGGAAAAGACCAGCAUCCAGAAAUACCCCAUCACAGAGUACCAGCCUGUCUACUUUGUCGCUGAGAGCUUCGAGGAUGCCAAAGAGAAAGUCAGAAUAUUUGCCAGCACCAUCCCCAGGCCUUUCACAGUGCGAUACAACCCCUACACCCAGAGCAUUGAAGUUCUCGAUAACACCAAGCAGCUCAUGAACCUGGCUGACAGCAUCGGCAGUGAAAUGGGGAAACUGUGUGAAGCCCUGAGGAAACUGGCAUAACUGAAAUCUGAGCUCAAGCUACCUGAAGAUCACUUUUUCUUUAUUUUCCUUCUUCAUUGAAAUAGUCCUUUAUUAGACUGCGGACCUAAACGGUUACGCAGAUUAGUUUUUCUUCAUAUGUUAACAAAUAUGCAAUCAAAUAAUAAGAAUGAUAUAUAAAUAAAUAAAUAUAUAUAUAUAUACAUAUAUAUAUAUACAUAUAUAAUCCAAUUAGUAGCAAAUAUUCUAUGUGUAUUUCAGUUAAGUGAAUAAAGUGUAACAUACGGACAAUAAGGAAGAUAACAGCUGAAAUGUAUUACAGUAUGAACGUAUACAUGUUUCGUAGAUCAAUCUAAAUCUAAAGCCAUGUAAACAAAUAACUUUAGUUUAAUGCAAAACGACAACUGCAAUGAUCUUAUUUUUCCUAAGCAUUUUAAAGCUAAAACUUAUCGAGAGAUCAUUUUUGUCGCUAAAGCUUUAAUUUCACUUUGCUGUAUUAAAUGUG